AUGGCUCCUCGUCUGGAGAGGAGGUAUGUUUCGAAGCUGGUUCCAAGCUCCGAGUUCAUGCUUUUCAUUGUCAUUGUGGGAACAUCAUUCGCCGAUUCGGUGUUGACCGGAUACGACAGCUCCCUUAUGGGAAGCUUGAACGUAAUGCCGUCAUAUAAGUCAUACUUCACGCUUACCACAGCCACGACGUCCCUCAACACGGCGAGCUCUUACCUUGGUGGAUGUAUAGGUGCCUUUUUCGCCGGACACCUCACCGACUGGCUGGGUAGGAGACGAGCAAUAUGGUCGUCCUCAGCCAUCACACUGAUCGGAGCCGCUUUUCAAGCCGGCGCCGUAAAUAUCACUAUGUUCAUCAUUGGCCGCAUCAUUGUCGGCAUUGGUAUGGCCGUCGCCGUAGUAGCGACGCCGACAUACGUUGUUGAGGUCGCAAGAAUGUCAUACCGCGGUUUCGCCCUGGGACUGUACUAUUCCUGCUGGAAUGUCGGGACUUUGAUGGCGUCUGGUAUCUGUUAUGCGACCAAUGACUGGAUUUCGACAUGGGGCUGGAGGUUGCCGAGCCUGCUGCAAAUUGUACCCAGUCUAUUUGCUGCGGGAAUCGUGUUCUUCAUCCCCGAGUCGCCACGCUGGCUGAUCGGACAAGAUCGCCACGGAGAAGCCUUGGAAGUGCUGGCCAUCGUCAACAGUGGAGGAGACAAGGAGGAUCCGAAGACGCUCUUGCAGUUCCGAGAAAUCAGUGAUACUAUCCGCUGGGAGAAGACCGAAGGCCGUCAGCUCACUCUGGUCCAAGCGUGGACGAACAAGUCUAACCGCAAACGUCUGCUUCUGGCUGCGACCUUCUCAAUAGUUGUGAUGCUCUGUGGCAACAAUACCAUCACCUUUUAUUUUGGCGACAUGAUGACCAAAGCCGGUAUCACGGACUCGACUACCCAACUCGAAAUCAACAUUAUCUUGACAUCUUGGGGUCUGGUAAUCUCCGUUGUGGCCUCAUGGUACACCGACCGACUUCCGAGAAAGGGAUUGGCGUGUACCAGUCUGGGUCUACUUUCGCUCUUCAUGUUUGCCUUGGCUGGCAUGACGGCGAAGUUUGGAAACUCGACGGAUAAGUCAGGCAUUUAUGGGACUAUCGCAAUGAUCUUCCUCUGCAAGGCGGGAUACGAUAUCGGCAUUAAUCCGCUAACCGUUUUGUAUCCGGCCGAGGUCCUAUCGUACCAGAUCCGUGCCACAGGCAUGGGUCUAUAUGCUUUGACUACCAAGAUGGGCGGCCUCGUCUCAACCAUGGCCAUUCCUUUCUCGUUGAAGGCCAUUGGCUGGAAGACGUACUUGAUUUUCGGAAGUGUCGACAUCCUCUACAUUGUCCUCAUUGCCAUCUUCUGGGUCGAAACUCGUGGACUGACACUCGAGGCAGUGGACGUGAAAUUCGGUGGCGUCAAGCACUCCGAUGUUCCUGACCUCGGCGACCUUGACAAGGCCGACACCAAAAUCACUAUCGAAGGCGUCGAUCUCAGCCCACGUGGCCACACUGAGGAAGCAGGAAGCGUUGACCUCAAGGUGGUGGCGCUUUCAAAGGCGGCCGAUGUGUGA